AUGAAUACAAUCAUGGAUCACGAUAUCGCAGCCACCGCUACAAUGCAUCCAGCUUUUGCAACAGCUCUCGCCAGCUUGAGCGAAGAGGGGGCUGGGAACUGCACUGAAAACCCCAUGCUUUGGAACUGGAACACUAUUGGUACCUGCUUUAUUUCCAAGGCGUGGUACAUGGAUUCCGGAGGCAAGUUCGGCAUCACCUGCUUCGGCGCCUUCAUGCUGGUCAUGCUUCUUGAAUUCUUAGCUCGUGUCUCUAGAGAAUGGGAACGUCACCGAUUCGCCAGAUGCGCCCCCAAUUCUCAAGGGCCAUAUGCUCCCGCUGCUGGUAUUGAACUUGCGGUCCUUCAACCUGCUGCUGCUCAACCUGCUGCUGCUCAACCUGCUGCUGCUCAACCUGCUGCUGCUCAACCUGAUGACAUUCAACCUGUGGCCUCUCGGCCUGCUUCCGCUACUGGCCCCAACAAUGGUAAAGAUGCAAACGACGCCAACAACGACGCCAACCCCAUUCCCAAUUUUUGCCCCAGCUUCGUGGAACAUGCCUUUAUUAACGCUAUAUUGCACAUGGUGCAGUGUAUUAUCACCUACAUUCUCAUACUGAUGGCUGUGUCGUUCAAUGGCUACAUCAUCAUUUCUAUGUUCAUCGGUGCUUACGUUGGUGCUUUAUGCUUUCAGCGGGAUCCACUGACCGAGACUCGAAACCCGAAUGCUUACCAGCGUGCUUUCCAGCAGCCUGUUGUUUGCUGUGUUUAG